CAGCCCUUUCUCUCCAGCACGGGUCUCCUUCCCGAAGGACCUGGGGAGGCGGAGAGGGGCCGCGGGGAAGAGAAAGGAGGACCAGGGGAGCCUGCACAGCCCAGCACCAGAAACUUUCCAUCCUGGAUUCUCUACUUUUGCUCCAUGGACAGAGCCCCAGCCAGCCAAGUUUCAGGCAGACCGUGAGCAGUCCCUGCGCGUUUUAUUGCGACCUGCCGGUGGGAACUUUGUCUCCGAGUCGCAGCAGCAUGGAGCGGCGGAGCGAAAGCCCGUGUCUGCGGGACAGCCCCGACCGGCGGAGCGGCAGCCCCGACGUCAAGGGGCCUCCCCCGGUGAAGGUGGCCCGGCUGGAGCAGAACGGCAGCCCCAUGGGAGCCCGCGGGAGGCCCAACGGCGCCGUGGCCAAGGCCGUGGGAGGUUUGAUGAUUCCUGUGUUUUGUGUGGUGGAGCAGUUGGACGGCUCUCUUGAAUAUGACAACAGAGAAGAACACGCCGAGUUCGUCCUGGUGCGAAAAGAUGUGCUUUUUAGCCAGCUGGUGGAGACUGCGCUCCUGGCCCUGGGUUACUCCCACAGCUCUGCUGCCCAGGCUCAAGGAAUAAUCAAGCUGGGGAGGUGGAACCCUCUCCCCCUCAGUUAUGUGACAGAUGCACCCGACGCGACAGUGGCCGACAUGCUACAAGAUGUCUAUCAUGUGGUGACGUUGAAAAUCCAAUUACAAAGUUGUUCGAAGUUGGAAGACUUGCCUGCAGAGCAGUGGAACCAUGCCACAGUGCGCAAUGCCUUAAAGGAACUGCUCAAAGAGAUGAACCAGAGCACAUUAGCCAAAGAAUGCCCUCUCUCCCAGAGUAUGAUUUCAUCCAUUGUAAAUAGCACAUACUAUGCCAAUGUGUCAGCAACCAAGUGCCAGGAGUUUGGGAGAUGGUAUAAAAAGUACAAGAAGAUUAAAGUGGAAAGAGUGGAACGAGAAAACCUUUCAGACUAUUGUGUUCUGGGCCAGCGUCCAAUGCAUUUACCAAAUAUGAACCAGCUGGCAUCCCUGGGGAAAACCAACGAACAGUCUCCUCAUAGCCAAAUCCAUCACAGUACUCCAAUCCGAAACCAAGUGCCCGCAUUACAGCCCAUCAUGAGCCCUGGUCUUCUUUCUCCUCAGCUCAGCCCACAACUUGUCAGGCAACAAAUCGCCAUGGCCCACCUGAUAAACCAACAGAUUGCCGUUAGUCGGCUCCUGGCUCACCAGCAUCCUCAAGCCAUCAACCAGCAGUUCUUGAAUCAUCCGCCCAUUCCCAGAGCAGUUAAGCCAGAGCCAACCAACUCUUCUGUGGAAGUCUCUCCAGAUAUCUACCAGCAAGUCAGAGAUGAGCUGAAGAGGGCCAGCGUGUCCCAAGCUGUCUUUGCAAGAGUGGCAUUCAACCGCACACAGGGGUUGUUGUCUGAGAUUCUGCGUAAGGAAGAAGACCCUCGGACAGCCUCUCAGUCUCUGUUAGUGAACCUGAGGGCCAUGCAGAAUUUCCUCAACCUGCCAGAAGUGGAGCGAGAUCGCAUAUACCAGGACGAGAGAGAGCGGAGCAUGAACCCCAAUGUGAGCAUGGUCUCGUCGGCCUCCAGCAGUCCCAGCUCCUCCCGAACCCCUCAGGCCAAAACCUCGACACCGACAGCAGACCUCCCUAUUAAGGUGGACGGCGCCAACGUCAACAUCACAGCUGCCAUUUAUGACGAGAUCCAACAGGAGAUGAAAAGGGCCAAGGUGUCUCAAGCCCUGUUUGCCAAAGUGGCUGCAAAUAAAAGUCAGGGUUGGCUGUGUGAACUGCUCCGCUGGAAGGAGAACCCAAGCCCAGAAAACCGCACUCUCUGGGAGAACCUCUGCACCAUCCGCCGCUUCCUGAACCUCCCCCAGCACGAGAGGGAUGUGAUCUACGAGGAGGAAUCCAGGCAUCACCAUAGUGAGCGCAUGCAGCAUGUGGUCCAGCUCCCGCCUGAGCCGGUGCAGGUUCUCCACAGACAGCAGUCUCAGCCAGCCAAGGAGAGCUCGCCUCCCAGAGAAGAAGCGCCUCCCCCGCCGCCCGCGGCCGAAGACAGCUGUGCCAAAAAGCCCCGGUCUCGCACCAAGAUCUCCUUGGAAGCCCUGGGGAUCCUCCAAAGCUUUAUUCACGACGUAGGCCUGUACCCCGACCAGGAAGCCAUCCACACUCUGUCGGCCCAGCUGGAUCUCCCCAAACACACCAUCAUCAAGUUCUUCCAGAACCAGCGGUACCACGUGAAGCACCACGGGAAGCUGAAGGAGCACCUGGGCUCGGCGGUGGACGUGGCCGAAUACAAGGACGAGGAGCUGCUCACCGAGUCGGAGGAGAACGACAGCGAGGAAGGCUCGGAGGAGAUGUACAAAGUGGAGGCCGAGGAGGAGGCGGCCGACAAGAGCAAGGCGCCGCCCGCCGAGAUCGACCAGAGAUAAUGUGAACUGCCAGCAGGCGAAGCAAUACAGCGCUCCAAGGAUUUUCUCUUUUAGUUCCUUUAAAAAAAAAUUUUUUUGCUUUAUUUUAUUUGUGUCUUUUUAUGUCUGUUUUGUUUUUCUUACCUUUUUUGACAUGUCUUCGUUGCACAGGAUACACCUAUAGACUAACUUCAGUAUUUCUGAAUCAGACAUAGCCUUGGCAAAGACACGGAAGUGUUACACCAUCCCAGCGGACUGGAUCACCGUUCUUAGAACCCGGGAGACCCCGCCUUUGUUCGCCUUGCGCUUACGGAAGAGGCAUCAGCAAGUUCCAGGACGAAAAGACCCACGGAAUCAAUGAAGGAAGCUACCAGUGUGUGUAUAUGUAUAUGUAUAUAUCUCUAUAUUUACAUAUAUAUAUUAAAAUUGCAUGGGACAGAGAACUUUACAAUCCGAGAGAAUAGACUGUGAAAUGAGUUCUUAAAGAAAAGACUUGUUUAUGUAUUAAAAAAAAAAAAAACCACUUCACGGUGAGUCGCUUUGGCUUUUUGAUAAACUGUGGCCUGCUCUCAGGGUGGGGUGACUAUUUUUGAAUUCCUAUUUAUUUUUCGUGUUUAUCCCUGAUUUUAUUAUUAUUAUUUUUUUUAAUUCUCUGGCUUCCUAUCUGGCAGCUUAAUGGGUAAUUUUUGAGGUAUGUAUUUAACAAAAUAAAUCAACACUGCCAAAAAAAAAAAGAAAGAAAGAAAGAAAAAAAGAAAGAAGAAGGUAAAGUGAAAAAAAAAAUCAGGGCAUAUUAAAAUGUUAGAAGUCAAAUUGCUAAAGACACAAUGCACACUUAAAAUGACUCAAUAAAAUGACUUGAUACGUUCCGUUAUUCAAUUUGUCGUAACUGUAGUGAACAGAUGCUUUUCUAUGGAAUUCUAAAUGAGUGAAGCUGAGAUUCAGUGCAGAGAACACUUGUCCGUUAGUACAGUCUUGGUAACAUGACAUUUUGAUGUUGGACAUACGGAAUUCCUAGUAUGAGCCACAUUUUGUUGUGAAAUUUAUUUACCUGCUUGUGGCUUCAAAUCUUAAAAAUGAAUAAGCCUGCUCAUUUAAAUGUUGUUCUUGCUGGGUUUUGUUUUGUUUGUUUGUUUGUUUGUUUUUUACUAGAAAAUAGUUCAUUGUGACGUUAACUUAGGAAAGAAGUUGCUGCCCAGUUAAAGGGGCUCCCUCUCAAAUAGAUCUCCAUUCUCUCCGCUCUCCAAAUGCUGCUUCUUACUUCUGUUCCGCUUUAGACUUCCUCUUCUGCCCACACAUCGCAUCCACCUACCCAGGCAUUUCCAGUCGCUGAGCGCCCAAGCCCCGUCACUUCCCCUGGUAUAUGGCAGCCCUAAUAAGAACCUGGUUUGGCAUCAUUGUGCAGCCCCAGGCGAGAGAGUAAGUGAAGCGACUGCAGUAGAAGCACCUACUCUCCGUCAAAGGAAAUAGCAUCCCAGUUACCUACAUAGCAAUUACCUUACAUAAAGCAGAACUAAUGCCAACUGGCUGUUCAGUAGAAUGAGCAUUAAAGCUGCAAUCUGCUAUAGUUCUCCAAAUCUCCUUCAGCUUCCUAUCAGAAAUACAGUAGCAUUACUUUCCAUUUCUACUUACAGUAAUUGCAAGAGGAGACCUCACCUUCAGGACUGGCUAGAGAACCGAAUCCAUGCUUUAAACGGCCAUUAAACAGUCCCACAUGGUUGGAUUUUUUUUAUUUUUUAUUUUUAUUUUUUUGAGUUGUGCUCUCAUGCAACCUUGUAAAAGACCUCAUGCAAUAUCACUUUGAAAGUUAUUUUCUGUUUACUACACAAACAUUGUAAUAUAACUGUUAAUACUAUUUAUAUAUUUGAAAGGUAUAAAAGGUAGGAGUUAAAAAAAAAACCUCUAUGUGUAGAUAUUAACUCAGAACUUACAAUAUACAGGGAGAAGACAUGUUGCAAUACAAGCUAAUUCUAGCUGCUCAGUAACCUCUGGAGUUUUUAAAGGGACAUUUUCCUGUACUUUUUCAAAUAAUGAUGUUUAAAAAAUUAUCUUGACAUGAGUGUCGUAUACCUUUGCAAAAGGAUGGUUGUUUGCAGUGAAGCCCUGGGCCCAUCCUUCCUUUUUCUGUAGUAUGCUGCAGCUUUAAUCAGAAAGUCCGUGGUUGCUGCUUCCUGAUCUCCGAGUUACUCUUUCCAAAUUGUCUUCUGACACUGUUGCUGAAGGUCACUCUGUACACAUAAUUGAAACUGAUUUGCCAAGCUCUUACAAGGUGGCUCAUCUAUCGAUGGCAUCCGCAUUUGGUAUCUUUUACACUUCAACCAAAAAUUUAUUAGGUAUUUUUCAAUGCUAAGUCUUGCCUUUUAUUUUUUAAUUUCACUGCCAAGUUUGCAGUGGUUCUAAGUGAAUCUGUGGGCAUUUUAGCCUGUGGUCUUGCCAGAUCUUUGCGAAUUACAAUGCAUAUAUGUCUAUUUAUUCAAUAUCUGUCAUAUAAUAUCUAUUUGGAAGAAGAAACUUUCUCUUGUAGUGCCUCUUGACAAAGCACAAUUUCCCGCCUUUUUUUU